AUGGAGAACGCAGGAUGGCUUGACGUGGAAGAGAAGAAAAAAUUAACCGAUGCCGAGGGUAAUUUUGACGUAUUGAUACCGCUCAGCACGAUACUGGGUUUCGCUGAAGACUACCGCAAGAUCGUUGUCAAUGCCAAACACGAGUUGAUUUUAACGAGAUCCAAAAGUGAAAAAAAAGUUGACCUGCUGAAUUUCAUUGAGAAGGACCCGCCUAUUUCGAUGAGCUUCCGCAGUUGGGAAUUGUACGAAUAUCCUUUACUUCCCAUUACAUCGAAACACGUUUGGACUGUGAAAACUUCCACUCAGCUUGAAAAUCCUCGAUAUGUAAUUUUGGCUUUCCAAACAAGUCGAAAGAACAAGAUCGGCAAGAACGUAAGUCAUUUCGAUCACUGCAAUGUCACGGACGUCAAGCUGUUUUUAAACUCACAAUAUUAUCCGUACGGUAACCUGAACCUAAACAUGAGUCGUAAUCUGUACGCACUCUUGUACGAGAUGUACGCAAACUUCCAAGCCACCUACUACAAGAACCCCGAGGCGUUGCUGACAAGAAGUGAAUUUCUUCAGAAGGCUCCCUUAUUCGUUAUUGACUGUUCAAAACAAAACGAAUCCUUGAAGUACGGACCCGUUGACAUCCGCCUUGAAUUUGAAGCUAAUGCCAACUUUCUCGCUGAAACAUCGGCGUACUGCUUGAUUGUUCACGAUCGAAUCGUUGAAUACAACCCACUCAGUGGUGGGGUAAAAAAGUUGGUAUAA